UUUGAUUGACUUUGUGGCCAUGUACUCUCAACACAUCUUGUGAGCGACCAAUAUUUCAAGUCUAGAAAUUGUCACUCGAGCGUGCACAUUCGCGACCAUUGCAAAAGGCAACUCGUUGCCACGUUUCUUGACGAGUCGCGGUCCAAUUGUCCACCUCCUGCUGGUCCAUCCUCCAAGAAGAGUUCAUGAACCCUGCCUUCGACAUCAUCACCAGACCUGCCUCCUACCAUGGGUAUCAUUCACGAGAAGGCGCAUUACGUCGUUGCUGUCGCCCUCGUUGCCUUCCUUAUACGCGCUUUUGUUCUUAGCCAGUGGAACACCAUCAAGAAAAAUGGCGAGCGUCUAAAGAAACCACCCAAUACCCUCCCUUUGGUGGGGAAUGGCCUCCAGUUUCUCCAAUCCAGAUGGAAACUGUUCAGCUGGUUUGACGCCUGUCAACGCAAGUUUGGUUACGAGACGGUUGCUAUCUCGGUCCCAACCCUGCCUCCUGGAGUGCUCAUUCAUGACCCUCGUAACCUGGACUACGUGUUCAAGAAUGAGGGAAUCUUCACCAAGGGCAAUUUCGUCAAGGGCCGAACGUGGGAUCUCUUCGGCAACGGCAUCAUCAACGCCGAAGGCGACUUUUGGAAAACUCAGAGGAAAGCAGGCCUAAGCUUUCUCAACACCGCCAACUUGCGAGUUCUCACGGAUGUCGCCCUACCCCAAUACCUCUCCGAAAGCAUUUCCCAGCUCAGGUCAAGCACCAAUGGUACCGUGGUCGACCUACAGCAUGUCUUUCAUGAGAUCACCACUAAACUGAUGGGCAAGAUGGCCUACAAUGCAAGUAUGGCAAUGCAUGCGGACGACGAGUUUACCGUAUCCUUUGACUAUGCAUCGGGCGGCACUGCUGAACGUUUCCAGAAUCCCCUGUGGUUCGUAACCGAAAUCUUCCUGGGGGCAGAGCUUCGACAGUCGAUCGCCGUUGUUAAGGACUUUGGAAAGCGUAUUGUUACCAAGGCCGUACAAGACCGCCGAGAAAAGGGUUUCGGAGAGGAAGAGGGAAAGCUUGAUCAAAUCUCAGGCAGUCUGAUCCAGUCCCUCCUCGAUGCCAUCCAGGACGAGCAAAUGGUAGCCGAUGCUGCCUUAACCUAUCUCUCUGCAGGCAGAGACACAACCGGCCAAGCCUUGACAUGGACCUUCUACCUUUUGAUGAGGCAUCCCAGAGUCGUUGCCAAAAUCCGAGAGGAAGCCACGCAGCUGCUGAAAGAAAAGAAUGUUACGCUCACCCCGGACCAGUUCGACUCCUCGCUUUUCAACCCUGUCACCAUGCCCUACAGUAUGGCGGUGUUCUACGAGGUCCUCCGUCUCUAUCCGCCCAUCCCCUUCGAGAUCAGACAAUGCAACGAAGACGUUACGCUCCCCGACGGCACCUUUCUGCCCAAGAGCUCCAUCUUGGUAUGGUGUCUGUGGGCCAUGCAGCGAUCAAAACUUACUUGGGGUGACGAUGCCGACGAAUUCAAACCGGAGCGAUUCCUGGACGGAAACAAGCUGAUAUCAAGGAGCCCAUCCGAGUUUCCAGUCUUUUAUGGCGGACCGAGGACCUGUCUGGGAAGGAAGAUGGCGGAAGCCAUUGCUGCACAGGUUAUCCCAACCAUGGCCUGCCUGUUUGACUUUGUCCCUACUAGCGAUGAGGAGAGGACAAGCAAGACCAGUUUAACCCUUCCUAUGGAGGGCGGCCUACCCGUGACAGUAGAGACUAGGAUCGGGGAAGAGCGAGAGAAACUGGCGCGCAUACCGGAAAUCAGGUUUAGCGAACAUUAAAAGCGACUAGAUGGCACUCGUAUAUAGACGGCUUCAGCAUUGUUUUAUACCAUCAUGAUACCCAUGGGCAAGGGCUUCGUUCUCAGCCCGAUGUUUCUGCGAUCAACGUUAGUCUUGUUACACGAAGAUGCAGCUCAAUGUGUUAUAUCCCGGCGGAAGUAUACAUGUUCUCUCCGCUCAUGCUACACCAUAUCAAGGGCUUUGUUGACAUGAAUUCGGGACUGAUGCUGGCACAACAGGUUUACAUGAGUUCAUCAGUUGUAACAGCUUGGCGGCAUGCAGCUAAUGACCAGAACCUUCCUCCUGGAGCUCCACGAUGGGAUGGGCUCGUGGAUGGCAUCGCCCCAGGUCUAGCACAAAUUGAUUCACAACAGAAAUUGAU